ACAAGAGUUCAUGCUACAACAUAGCAAAGAACUUUAAAUUUUUGGAAGAACAGUGUAUUCAUUUUGGCAUUGUGCAGAGUAAGGUAAACUCGGUGGCUUCUUCUCCACUCCUCAAAAUGACAGCUAUCUCUGCCGCCAGCAGUGCGCUUCUGUUCUCCCUUCUCUGUGAAGCAAGUACUGUUGUCUUACUCAAUUCCACUGACUCAUCUCCGCCAACCAAUAAUUUCGCUGAUAUUGAAGCAACUUUAAACGCACCAGUAGAUUCAACGGAUAUUCCCAAAACCAGGCGGAAGCGCUACAUUUCGCAGAAUGAUAUGAUCGCUAUUCUUGAUUAUCAUAAUCAAGUUCGAGGCAAAGUAUUCCCACCUGCAGCAAAUAUGGAGUAUAUGGUUUGGGAUGAAAACCUUGCAAAAUCUGCAGAGGCUUGGGCAGCGACUUGCAUUUGGGACCACGGACCUUCUUACUUGCUGCGAUUUUUGGGCCAAAAUCUAUCUGUACGAACUGGAAGAUACCGCUCUAUUCUCCAGUUGGUCAAACCAUGGUAUGAUGAAGUGAAAGAUUAUGCUUUUCCGUAUCCUCAGGACUGCAACCCCAGGUGUCCUAUGAGAUGUUUUGGUCCCAUGUGCACACAUUAUACACAGAUGGUGUGGGCCACCACUAAUCGGAUAGGAUGUGCCAUUCACACUUGCCAGAACAUGAAUGUCUGGGGAGCUAUUUGGAGACGUGCAGUGUACUUGGUGUGUAACUAUGCCCCAAAGGGCAACUGGAUCGGGGAGGCGCCAUACAAAGUGGGAGUGCCAUGUUCAUCUUGUCCUCCAAGCUAUGGGGGAUCUUGUACCGAUAACCUGUGUUUUCCAGGGGUAACAUCAAACUACCUGUACUGGUUUAAAUAAGCUUACACAUUUUACCCAGAAAAUAUAAUGGUUCCUGGGAAUCAUAGGCAUGUAUGUAUAUUGAAUUUUGCACAUAUUAUACAUAUUUUAUGAUAAUCAUGUUUUCAUGUGACUAUUCGGUUGUAUAGUGUUUGUUUAGUACAGUGUUUAAUCAUUAGAUCUAAUCCAAACAUCCAUUUCUAUUUUCUGACCUCUUAAAUCUAAAUUAAAAUACUGUGUCUAUACUAAUAAUAUAGUUCUUACAUCCAUUUCUAAAUCUUGCAUUACAAAGGAGUUAUAUUAUUAUGUUCCUAAGGAAUAAAAUACAUGUUCAAUCUGUAAUGUAUACAUAUGUAUGUGACCAUAUAUACAUAUGCAUACACACAAACAAAAUAUACCAUGUAGCAUAUAAAUAAUACUGUACUACAGUCGAGGGAAAUUGGAAACUAUUCUAAGCAUGUUUGAGGUGGUGGGGCGUGCUUAGCAGCAUUUUUAUGCUACCCAUAAAAUGCUACUUUCCAAAAUAACACUCAACAAUAUUUGCAGCUGAUAAUUUAAUGAAGUUACGACAGACAAAUUUUAUUCUGGAGAUAUUUUAUCUUAUUUACAUCCAUCAAAGUGAUCAGUUUAUGCCUUUUAUUUAGUUUCAUUUUAUUCAGUCCCAUGAAUAAAUAGUCCCAUGUUGAGCCUUUACUUUAUCAAAGGGACUUUGUUGGUUACAUUCUGAUAAUGCAAAAACAAUUAGACUUAGUUGAGUCCUGAAGGAGCUCACAAAGACACUUAGGAAAUAAAACAGCCUAGUCAUUUUUCUGUAAACUUAAUUUUUAAAUUAUUAUAUAAAGAGAAUACAAAAUAGUAAGGAAA